GUCGGGUGUCUCGGUUCCGGCUGGCGCUCGGUCGGGCGGUGUAUUCGGGUCUCUCGCUCUCUCUCGGCUCCAUGGCUGCCGCCGGGGGCCCCUGACUGGAUCUCGGGGUUCACAUGGCGCCCCGGGGGGGGCGGGGGGUCGGUCUCCGGGGGGGGGCCCUGUGAGGGGCCACAGGAGAGGAAUGGCCGACCCUCUGCGGAGAACCCUGUCCAAACUGCGGGGGAAGAGAACCAAGAAGGGCACCGACUGUAACGGAGAAGAUUUAAUUGAAAAUAUCUAUACAUCAUCGAUUAUCAGAAGGGAUAUUACAGUCACAGAGGAAAAUGAACAAAAUCUGCAGAAAAAUCUGAUUACUGUGUCGAAGAAAAAGAACUGGCUAACGCAGAAUACUCCCCAAUACCCAUCUCGGGGCGAGACUUUCCCUUCCCAGACUCUGAACACUAAAGACCGUUUGUCUCCCAUAUUAAAUGUUGGAGCAGAGAGCCUCAGCAGAUCGCCUGAGCUGAGCAUUGAGAACCCAGCGACUCCAAUGCCUGUGUGUGAGGACAAUGACGCUGAUGAUGAGGGAGAGAUUUGGUACAAUCCCAUCCCAGAAGAUGAUGAUUCGUACCCAUGUGAUAAGCCGGUGUGUGGGGGGCCAGUGUCUCUGAGCGGUGAGAGUCGGCCUGUAGAUUCAUUACAUUCUUUGGACUAUGGUCUCCAGCCUCCCAAGCUCCGAGCUGUGUGCCGAGCAUCGACAGAGCAACCUGUGCAGGAGAUUCCUACGGAUGCGGGAUCUGGAGUUCCAAGUCCAAGCAAAAGUAUGUCCGCAUCUGGGACUGAAUUUUCUCCUCCGUCUAGUCCCAACCCUUUGAAAAAAGGCAGCAGCAUUAGUUGGUCUCUUCCGGAUAAAAUUAAAUCCCCAAGAACUGUACGGAAACUGUCUAUGAAGAUGAAGAAGAUUCCUGAGUUAAGCCGUAAGCUGAGUGUUCGAGGGACAUCAAGCAGUGCAGGUUCUGACCACACAGCUUCUGUAUUGAAAGGGAACGUCCUACGUGAGAGCCAUACAUCAGCCUUACCUUCGCCUGGGAAUUCUACGGCUGCCAGCAGAAAUGUCAUCAGCCGUUACCACCUGGACAGCAGUGUAUCGUCCCAGCAGAACUACCGGAAGAAACGUUGUGACUCUUCCAACUCCUCGAGUAAAGGAGGUUACCUCAGUGAUGGCGACUCUCCUGAGCUCAUUGCCAAAUCUGGCAAACACGUCUCUGAGAGCAGGUCCGCAAAGGGAAAAGAAGUACUUCCAAUAAGUAGUGUAAAAAACGAGAUUGACAUUGAUGCCUUUCGCCAUUAUAGCUUUUCUGAUCAACCCAAGUGCUUUCAUUAUGUAUCAGGACUAAUGAGUGCUCAUUUUUAUGGAGCCGAGGACUUAAAACCACCAAGAAUAGACUCAAAAGAUGUAUUUUGUGCAAUUCAAGUGGAUUCUGUAAACAAAGCGAGGACUGCACUGCUCACUUGCAGGACAACGUUUCUUGACAUGGAUCACACGUUUAACAUAGAGUUGGAGAACGCACAGCACUUGAAGUUGGUCGUCUUUAGUUGGGAUCCAGCACCGAAGAAAAAUAGAGUUUGUUGCCAUGGUACAGUUGUUCUCCCAUCACUUUUUCGGGUGAUAAAAACACACCAGCUUGCUGUGAAAUUGGAACCUCGUGGUUUAAUCUAUGUUAAGCUUAAUCUUAUGGAACAGUGGGACAAUUCCUUGGAUCGUCUUGGCGUUGAUCGGGAGCCAAUAAUAUUUGGGGUAGAAGCUCGAAAAGUGGUUGAAAAAGAAAAUGCAGGAUUCAAGGUCCCCCUUCUCAUGAAUAAAUGCAUCACAGAGAUUGAAAAGAGAGGUUGUCAGGUUGUUGGAUUGUAUCGUUUGUGUGGUUCAGCUGCUGUGAAGAAAGAGCUCCGAGAGGCGUUCGAAAAGGACAGUAAAGCAGUCGCACUAUGCGAGAAUGAAUACCCUGACAUUAAUGUUAUCACAGGUGUUUUAAAGGAUUAUCUUCGAGAACUGCCUUCUCCUCUAAUUACGAAGCAGUUAUAUGAGGCUGUGCUAAAAGCAAUGGCUGCAAAACCCCUGAAAAUCACCGGAAAUGGCUGUGAGAAUGAUUCCCGAGACUCUGACGAGGCGGUGGGGUUGUUGAACUGUCUUCCGGAGGUGGAACGGGCAACUUUGAAAAUGCUUCUAGAUCACUUGAAACUGGUGGCUUCCCAUCACGAGGUGAACAAGAUGACUUGUCAGAAUCUGGCUGUCUGCUUCGGGCCGGUCCUUCUGAGCCAGCACCAAGAAACUUCCAUUCACAAUAACCGAGUUUUCAUCGACUCGGAAGAACUGGCCAGUGCCUUGGAUUUCAAGAAACACAUUGAGGUUCUGCACUACCUGCUGCAGCUGUGGCCAGUAAAAACGUUGUCAGCCAGUGAGAGCGCCCCCUGCAGUCCAACAUCUGAAGUGCAGCCCUGUCUCAGGAGGAAGAAGCCACGUCCACAGAUGCUGAAUUUAAGUGGAAGCGAUUUGUCUGGAGUCUUGAGGCCGAGGGUAGCUAGAUUGGACAGUCCGUCGAGUAAUCGCUACGCCGGAGAUUGGAGCAGUUGCAGAGAAAGUUACUUUACGUCUCUGAAAGCAGGUACGGAUUGUCAAGAUGUCACUACAGAGAACAGCGCGGAUAAAGUCAAGCAGGAAGCAUUCUUUACAGAUUUCUUGAGCGCUCAUUGCGAGGUUUCUGAGGCACAAGGAGUGAACCUUCAUGACUUACAGGAAAGUAUUGACACCCUGCUUGGAAACCUCGAACGGGAGCUGAACAAAAACAAAGUAAAUGGCAAUUAACGCUGAUCUGUGAAGCAGCCAUGGCAUCUGCCUGUCAUUCCGUGACAUUUUAUUACAACCAUUUUCUUCUUAUUAGAAGAACAAUAUUGAAUUAACCCUUUGGGGUAUAAGUUACACCUCAUGGUACAAUGUCCUCCUUUGUCCUGGCUGGGAGGGGGCAGGGUGGCCUUAUCAGGUGAAGAUGGAAUUCAAUUCUCAAAUAUUAACACUUUCCGUUAUUUAAACAUUGCCAGUCCUGUUUUUCUAAAAGUAAAUGUGAUUCCUGAAAGAUAUCUUCUGGCAGGAGAAGCUGACAUUUUAGCAGUUUUGGAUUCAAGUGCCUUUGUGCCAUUUGCUGCCAGUUGUAGGAAGUUAAACUACUAAAGGGCUAUCCGUGUAUGUGUCCACGAGGGCCACCAAUACAGGGUUUAACAUAAGCAAUGAACAUGUCAGCCUGGGGCGGUGACCUCCUGCUAUGCAGAUAAACCAAAUUCUAAUGUAGGUUUUCCACACGAAGCCAGUAUUUUGUUUUAUAGAGACAUGUUGAGGAAUAUAGAUGGCAGGAAGAAGGUGUCCGUGAAAGUAUUUUAUUUAUUCUCUUUAGCAUUUUAUUACUCCUGCUUAAAUCAGUUUUAAUACUGUAGAAUAUGCUGCUACGUCUCAAACACAGUGACUGGUCAUUUCAGUGUCACACUCUACCUUCCCUUCUAGACACACACACUCUAACUGUGCAUUCAGUGUAAUCGAAGGCUGAAUUGAUUGACCGGUAGGCAGGUGAACGUCACCCGUUUUCUCUAAUUGGGGGAAAAA